AUGUUCCGUCCCUGAUGUUGCACUUCCUCCUGUGACGGAGUUCACUGAGCCGAACACGGAGGAACAAAAGAGCUUUGCAGUAAAAAGAAAAAAAAGAGGAAGACAAGCACACCCAUAUGUGACGAGUUACGGGUGAACUAGUCAGAUUUGCAAGCAGGUAUUUCAUUGCAAAACAAGUCGAGGAGUUUGUGGGAUGAAAUCAUGAAUAGAAGACAGAAGAAGUAAAAAAAAUAAACCAACAACCAUGCUGAGGACCUAUCAGGUGAUCUACAUUGGUCUGGAGUUGGUGAUUGCGCUCCUGGCUGUCGCUGGAAACAUCUUGGUCUGCUGGUCUGUCUGCCUGAACUCCAACCUGCAGAGCAUCACUAACUUCUUUGUGGUGUCGCUGGCUGUGGCUGAUAUAGCAGUGGGACUGCUGGCCAUUCCUUUUGCUAUCACAAUUAGUGUGGGUUUCUGUGCUGAAUUUCAUGGCUGCCUGUUUAUCGCUUGCUUCGUCCUCGUGCUCACCCAGAGCUCCAUUUUCAGCCUGCUGGCCAUCGCUGUAGACCGCUACAUCGCGAUCAACAACCCACUCAGGUACAACAGUCUGGUGACGGGGCAGAGGGCGAAGGGCAUCAUUGCAUUCUGCUGGGUUCUGUCUGUGGCCAUCGGCCUGACUCCCAUGUUUGGCUGGAACACAGGUUGGAAUUCAACUAUCACUACAUCGGAGAACAAGAGGUGCUCUGAAGGCAUGACUGAAUGCUUUUUUGAGAAGGUGGUUACCCUGCACUACAUGGUCUAUUUCAACUUCUUCGGAUGUGUGCUUGUGCCUUUGUUCCUCAUGCUGGUCAUCUACAUCCACAUCUUCAUGGCGGCGCGGCGGCAGCUCCGUCUCAUGACUCUGAAAGUGUCCCAGACUCCCGCUCCUGGACAGAGAGCCCCCACCCCCAGCUCCUCGCGCUCCUUUCUGCAGAGGGAGGUGCGUGCUGCCAAGUCACUGGCCAUCAUCGUGGGCCUGUUUGCUCUCUGCUGGCUUCCUCUUCAUAUCAUUAACUGCUACAACCAUCUAUGUCAGAACUGCGAGCGCCCACACAUACUGGUGAUGAACAUCGCCAUCAUCCUCUCCCAUGCAAACUCCGCCGUGAAUCCCUUCAUCUACGCCUACCGCAUCCGGGAGUUCCGGCAGACUUUCCAGAAGAUUUGGUGGCAGCACAUCAUGAGGCAGAGAGACAGCUGCAGGGUUGGACCGGGGGACACCAACAGCAGAGAAAUCAGAAGCCACAGUAUCAGACGGACCUCCCAGACCAGUAAAGAUGACUCAUCUGGAGGCACAGUGGUAAACAGUUUUGUUCUGGAGGUCACUCCUGACCAAGCAGGACAAAAUGCUGCUCGUGAACUUCCUUGGCAGUGGACAUCAUAUUCCCAUGUGGAUUCCAGCUGCUGCAUAACCAAUGGACACCAAGGGAAAGGUGGCCCUUCAGCAGAGCAAGAGGAGCCUUACAUAAUAGAUUCUGCAGAACGUUCUGAUGCAGAAACGAGCCGAGCAUCUAAUGCCGGGGAGCUAAAGCACACGGGAAGCUGCAUUUCUUUUGUAAAUGUUCCGACUUUCUCACAGAAACAUACGGACUGUUCUGCAGGUACCGCUGAUGUGUCAUGAUGAAGAGUGUCACCGACAGGACACGAAAAGUAAAACACAAACAUGUCAACAGUUUAAUAAAGACUGGACCAGCUGCAUUAAAAAAGUACUGCUAACUUGA